GUACCUAUCCGGACGCAUUUGACAACGCACUGUUGCUGUCAAGUUGGCUACAGCUAGCCUAGUUGACUCCCUUGACCUAGACGAUUUAGUACUUUUACGUAUUUUUCACCGUAAAAGACAAUGGCUUACAGUAACUAGUAAGUCAAUGUAAAUACCUGAUUUGUUGUGCGUACAUAGAUUUACUUUUUCGGCGGCAGAGGUUCGUGGAGGAACCGAGCGGUCAAGAUGCGGCUCACGUUGCAAAUGUUGAUUUCUCAUGGCCGGGUCGCCCGAAGAAUGGGUUUGGGUCCUGAGUCUAGAAUAAACAUGCUGCGGAACAUACUGACGGGACUAGUCCGAUACGAGAGGAUAGAGACCACCCGUGCCCGGGCAGACGAGGUCCGAUUUUAUGCAGAGAAGCUUAUUGAUUAUGCAAAGAAGGGAGACACGGAUGAGAAAGCAAUGAAGAUGGCCAGUUUCUGGUUGACGGAAAAGGAUCUGGUCCCAAAGCUUUUCAAGGUUCUUGCUCCACGAUUUGAAACUCAGACAAAUGGCUAUACACGGAUGGCACGCUUGCCCAAUAGGACAAAUUUGGACCGAGCAAAGAUGGCUGUGCUGGAGUACAAAGGAAACCCUUUCCCACCGCUGUAUCCUGUGAAAAGACAGAAUGAACUGACCCUGAUAAAUCAGCUGCUCAAAGGAUACAGAGAGGACAUGGCACAGCAGUUAGCCACCAAGGCUUAAUUAAACCUCUGUCUCAUAAUGUUGAGUCAGUCAUAAAGAUCUAAGACUGAUAGCAGAGCAGGUGAUGCUGGAGCGCUCAUAAAGCCUGAAAGUUUGAAAGAGAAUUUGAAACUAUGUUGAAUAUUACAGUAUAUUUUACUGUUUUUUGUUGUUUUUUUUUGUCUGUACAAAGUCAAACAAGCGUACUUAUCCUGUCCUUGAUCGGAAUCUGAAUUGGGUGGUUAAAUCAGUAAAUUAUCAGGAAAAACACACUCAUAUAUAUACUUUACUAAAACAUUUUUUUUUUAUUUUGGCAAAAGUGUAUAUGUACAGAAUAUUCAGAAUUGUCACUGAACACCAUUAAAAUGUAUUUAAACAGUG